AGGCACCAGAACGCCGCCAGUUGACGGGGCAGCUGCCCAUGGCCAGUCGGGUUCGCCCUUCCCCGUUUCAUCAGCGCUAUCGGUGGGUGGGUCAACUCCAUCUCCCGUCCCGUACCUCGCGAAGCUCCCCCCAAUCUUCCCCUAUCACUAUUUAGGUCGCUGUUAUUGAUCUCGUUUUAUCCCUCUCUCUCUCUCUUCCAUCCGUCUCUCCAUCUCUCCAUCUCUCCCAUCAUCAUCGCCAUCGUAUCAUCGCCGCCAUCAUCACUAUCAUCUUACACUCUCUCAGCUCUCCAUUCUUAUCAUCUCGUCGUCUGCUAGCCCGCCGUCAUGAGGGUAGCGCGCUCGGCCUUGCUGCUCGGCGCUGCCGCCGCCGCCGCCGCCUCUCCCCAGGACCAGCAGAAGGUGCUUGGCGGUGUCGGUGAUGCCGUCAGGAAGCCGUUGAGCCAUCUCAGCGGCGUCUUUGGCGAGAUGCCCGCGGCCGCAAAAGGUCUCUGGGACGAGAUGGCCCUUCUGAUCCCUGGUUUUUACGAGAAGGCAGCCAAUCUUGUCUCGUACCCCAAGCCUCAUCGCCGCCGGCCAGACAGCGAGUGGGACCAUGUGGUCAAGGGCGCUGACGUGCAGAGCAUAUGGGUCGAGACCGACGGUGUCAGGCACCGGAAGGUUGGCGGCUCUCUCGAAGCCUACAACCUGAGAGCCAAGAACGUCGACCCCUCUAUUCUCGGCGUAGACAAGGUGAAGCAAUAUAGCGGGUACCUCGACGACGAGGCCAACGAUAAGCACCUCUUCUACUGGUUCUUCGAGUCCCGAAACGAUCCCAAGAACGAUCCCGUAGUGCUAUGGCUGAACGGUGGCCCCGGGUGUUCUUCCAUGAUGGGUCUAUUCAUGGAACUUGGUCCGUCGAGUGUCAACAAGGAUGGCAGUCUCAAAUUCAACGAAUACGCGUGGAAUAGCAAUGCCUCGGUCAUCUUCAUCGACCAGCCCGUCAACACCGGCUACUCCUACAGCAGCAACCCUGUUUACAACACCGUCGCCGCCAGCAAGGACAUCUACGCCCUCCUUACUCUCUUCUUCCACAACUUUCCCGAGUAUGCCGAGCAGCCGUUCCACAUUGCCGGAGAGUCGUACGCCGGCCACUACAUCCCCGUUUUCGCCCACGAGAUCUUGGCGCACAAGGACCGCAACAUCAAUCUCCAGAGCAUCGCCAUCGGCAACGGCUUGACCGACCCGUACACCCAGUACGCCGCAUACCGCCCGAUGGCUUGCGGCGAGGGUGGCUACGACGCCGUCCUUGACCCCAGCGAGUGCCAGUCUAUGGACAACGCCCUCCCGCGAUGCCAGUCGCUCAUUUCGAGCUGCUACGAGUCGGAGAGCGUGUGGUCCUGCGUCCCGGGCGCUAUCUACUGUAACAACGCCAUGAUCGGGCCAUUCCAGCGAACCGGGUACAACGUGUACGACGUGCGCGAGAAGUGCAAGGACCAGGAGAACUUGUGCUACACCGAGACCGCCUGGAUCAGCCAGUACCUCAACCAGGACAAGGUCAUCAAGGCCGUGGGCGCCGAAGUGGAAGACUACGAGAGCUGCAACACGGACAUCAACCGGAACUUCCUGUUCCAAGGCGACUGGUCCAAGCCCUUCCACCGCCUCGUUCCCGACAUCAUCAAGCAGAUCCCCGUCCUGGUCUACGCCGGCGACGCCGACUACAUCUGCAACUGGCUCGGCAACAAGGCGUGGUCGGAGGCGCUCGAGUGGUCGGGCAAGAAGGGCUUCAACGCGGCCGAGCUUAAGGGUCUCGAGACGGGAAGCGGCUCGGAGUACGGCCAGGUGAAGAGCAGCGGCAACUUCACCUUCAUGCGCAUCUACCAGGCCGGCCACAUGGUCCCCUUCAACCAGCCCGAGGGCUCGCUCGACUUCUUCAACCGGUGGAUCCGCGGAGAGUGGAACGCUUAAGAGGCGGCGCGAAGGCGGGGGUUUUUUUUAUGGGUCCCUAAAUUGUAUGAGUGAUUAAUCGGUAUCGUUUCCGGCAUAACGACGUGCUCGGCAGUCCAAAUGGACGAUUGUGUACCAUUACGUAUAAUAACGUGUUAGACGGAUAGCUGUUUCUGAAUGUCGAGAGAUGGGAGUGUUGGCCAAACUGAUUGCUGCUGCUGGUGCACGAGAUGAUGUAUGCAGAUUUUGCAAUGAUGUGUUUGGAUCUGCGAUGACAUGUCGGCGGGUAUGAAGGGAUAACAGGACAGAAUGCGGCUUUGCCUGUGAUUUGAUUCCCUCGGGAGUCUUUUUGUCUGAGAUCUAGAUACAUAUAUAUGCAUACACGCGGUUGUUUUUAACAAUUCGGCUUUCGCCCACGGCCCGAUCCGCUUGCCUUAUUGUCCCC